AUGAGCCAGGUGAGGAUCCUGGAGCGUGCCCCGGGCCUUGGCUUCGGAUCCAGUGGUUGGAGCACGGGCUACUCAUCAUUGUUAAUGACACAUGCUGAUGCUUCCCCGCCCCGCAAUGCAGCACUUGCCUGCUACUGCUCCAGGCACCAGCUGCUUUCGCUGCUGUUGUUGGGGUGGGGAGAAGGUGGCCGUGAUGGUGGUGGAGGUGCUGGUGGUGGCAGCGGCGGCGGCGAGCGUAGCUUCUUGCGUGCGUUUUACUCCUUCGACAACACCAUGCAGCUUGCCCUGGAUGGCAUCCACGCCUACAAGAAUUGGGGAGCUUACACAGAACUCGGGGAGGAAGCAGAGGCCUACUUCACUCACACUGGAGCUCUAUGGAUGCUAGGCAAGUCCAAAGCCGAGAAUCUGGUUAUCCAGGAUCGCUUGCGAAAGUACCAGGUUGAGUCCGAAGUCUUGGAUGCAGACGGCAUUGCUCAGAAGUUUCCAGCACUUAGCACUGAUCCCUUCCCGGAGUUCAACGACACAGGCGACAUUGUGGAAAGGGACUGGGGGGACCUUUGGGCCGUCUACGAGCAUGGUUGUGGCCACAUGGACAGUUCAGCCUGUUUACGGGACAUUCACAAAGCCUGUGAACGAGUUGGCGUGGAGGUUGUGUUUAAUACCCGUGUCCAGCAGAUCCUCAGUGGAAGCGGUGAGAAAGCGGAGGGUGUGAAACUGUAUGACGGAUCCACAGUUUCAGCUGGCUGCGUGCUGAACUGUGCUGGCCCAUGGUUUCAGUCUUUGAAUGAGACGGUGGGGGUGAAGACGUCCACCCAGAUGUUGCCGACUCGUAUCCAGGUGGGUCACCUGACGUUGCCAGACGACGAGAAGCUACUCUCUCUCCCCUUUGUAGCCGACGCCUGGGGCAACAGUGGUAUCUACUUUAUGCCCCGACGGGGGAACAAGCAGUUGGUCUUCGGCUCAGUCGCCCACCGCUUCGAGUCCGAGCUGGUGGAUCCGGACAACUUCAACGAGGCCCUGGAUCCGGACGUUAAGGCGGACUACCUCGGCUGUCUCUUUCAUCGGUGCCCAACGCUGCCGCAGAGCGGGGGCAUCCAAGGGUUCUCCCACAUGUACACCGUGAAUCAGGAGGAUGUUCACCCAGUCAUUGGGCCGGCCAAGGAGCUGAAGAACUACUUCCUUUGCAACGGCUUCUCCGGUCAUGGUUUCAAGCUUGCCCCGGCCGUGGGCUCCCUGAUGUCGCAGCAGAUACUGGGCACUACGACCAACAGCUGGGAGACGCACAUCCCUUUGGACUUCAUGGAUCCCAACCGCGAGCCACUACACCUUCAAGUGAAAACGCAUUUUGCGUGA